UAAAGAAGCAUUACCAGCAUGUCUGCCUACUACAGGAACUAUGGGUAUGAGGAAGAUCCAGAUUACCCUGACUAUUCAGGAUCUCGGAACCGUACACGGGGGGAUUUGAAAACUCAGGAUUAUUCAGACUCUCCAGGUGUUUUGAACAACUCAGACAACCCUCGCAUCAGGAGCAGCCCAUACUCUGGAGACUCCAGAACAAGUUCAGACUAUCCCAGGCCUCUAGCAGAACCAGAUUACCCUAGAUCUUGGAGUAAUCCGGAUCAGCCUGGCACCAGAAGCAAUCCAUUCUCUACUGGCUCCAGACGAAGUACAGACUAUCCUGGGUCUCUGGUAGAGCCAGAUUAUCCUGGAUCUCAGAGUAAUCCAGGCUACCCUAACACCACGAACAAUCCAUACUCUGCGGGCUCCAGAAGUUCGGACUAUCCCACAUUUCUGGCAGAGCCAGAUUACACUGGAUCUUGGAGUGAACCAUACCAUCCAGGCUCAUUCAGAGAGCCAGACUACUCUAAAUCCCAACAAAAUUCUGACUUUGCAGGUUCCAGAAGCAGUGGAAACUAUGCAGGCUCCAGAACAGAUCCUGAUUAUCUGGGCUCUUUGGGAGAACCAGACUACCCUGGAGCUCAGGGAAACUCUAACCACACUGGCUCCAGAGAUACACCCAACCAUCCAGGCUCCAGAAGGAAUCCAGAAUUUGCCGGUUCCAGAAUCAAUCCAUACAUAGACACUCUAGGAGAGCCUGAUUAUCCAGGUGCUGAGAAUCAACAUAACUCUCCAGACAUUUUUGGGGAACCAGAUUAUCCAAAGGCUGAGGACUAUCAGACCUCUCCAGACUUUUGGGGGAAGCCUGAUUACCCAGUUGCUGAGGAUGGUCAUGAUUAUGGCUUUCCUGAGACUUCAGAAAUGACUAGAGCGGGGCUCAGCAGAACAUCUUCAGUGCAACCCUCAUUUCGUCAUAGGGGUAAUGAUGGCCCCUUGGGCAUCCUUGAGAGAGAGAAUGAUGAUUACCCUGAAAGCAUUGCAAUGAAAUCCCUGGAGGCGACAAAUCCAUAUGGCCACUCUGUGCCUGGGGAUCCUGGCAGUGGCUACGUGGACCCUGCUUCUGUGGGUGAAAGGAACCCCUACCCAGCUUAUAGAAACCCACCAUUGUCUGGAUGUGACUGGCACAAGUCACCCCAAGGACAAAAGUUAAUCGCAUCUUUGACACCAAUGACCUCUAGAGACAGAAUUAAAGCCAUCAAGAAUCAGCCAAGAACCAUGGAAGAGAAAAGGAACCUUAAGAAGAUGGUUGACAAAGAGAAAAGUAAGCAAUCCAGCCGUAUCCUUGAACUCAACUGCUGUGCUCAGUGUCUGAACUCCAUUUCACGGGCGUACCGGAGGUCUAAGAACAGCCUGUCAGAACUGCUCAGUUACAUCAGUCUGUGGCACAAGACGUUCAAGGUCAUCGGAGGCAAGUUUGGAACCAGUGUCCUCUCCUAUUUUAACUUUCUGAGGUGGCUUUUGAAGUUCAACAUUUUCUCGUUCAUUGUGACCUUCAGCUUCAUCAUCAUCCCUCAGUUUACUGUACUUGAAAAGAACACCCUCCAAUUUACUGGAUUGGAAUUUUUCACUGGGGCGGGUUAUUUUCGGGACACAGUGAUGUAUUACGGCUUUUACACGAAUUCUACGAUCCAACACGGGAGCAGCGGAGCAUCCUACAACAUGCAGCUGGCCUACAUCUUCACAGUCGGAGCGUGUCUGAUCAUCUGUUUUUUCAGUUUGCUAUUCAGCAUGGCCAGGUAUUUCCGGAACAACUUCAUUAACCCCCACAUCUACUCCAGAGGGAUCACUAAACUUAUUUUCUGCUGGGACUUCACCAUCACUCAUGAAAAAGCUGUUAAGCUGAAACAGAAGAAUCUCAGCACUGAGAUAAGGGAAAACCUGUCAGAAAUCCGUCAGGAGAAUGUCAAGUUAACGCUCAAUCAGCAGCUGAUCCAUGUGUCGGCCCACUUGGCAGCCUGGGUCAUCUCUACCGGAGUGGCCGUUGCCUGCUGCACAGCUGUUUAUUACCUGGCCGAGAACAACUCAGAGUUCCUGAAGAACCACCAGAACCCUGGAGCUGUGCUGUUACUGCCUUUCCUUGUGUCCUGCAUCAACCUGGCAGUGCCACGCCUCUACUCCAUGUUCAGGCUGGUGGAGCGGUAUGAGACACCGAGGCGUGAAGUCUACAUCCUCCUCAUCCGAAACAUCUUUCUGAAAAUAUCAAUCAUUGGAAUUCUUUGCUACUAUUGGCUCAACGUUGUGGCCCAGGCUGGUGAAGAGUGUUGGGAAACUCUCAUUGGCCAGGAAAUCUACCGACUCCUUCUGAUGGAUUUUGUGUUCUCUUUAGCUGAUUCCUUCCUGGGGGAAUUCCUGAGGAGACUCAUUGGAAUGCAGUUUCCAACGAGCCUUGGUUUACAGGAGUUUGACAUCGCCAGGAAUGUCCUAGAACUGAUCUAUGCACAAACUCUGGUGUGGAUUGGAACCUUCUUCUGCCCUCUGCUGCCCUUUAUCCAAAUGAUUACUCUUUUCAUCAUGUUUUACGUCAAAAACAUCAGCCUGAUGAUGAAUUUCCAGCCUCCAAGCAAAGCCUGGCGAGCCUCACAGAUGAUGACCUUCUUCAUCUUCUUGCUCUUUUUCCCAUCCUUCACUGGGGUCCUGUGCACCCUGUCCAUCACCAUCUGGAGAUUGAAACCUUCAGCUGAUUGUGGCCCGUUUCGAGGUCUGCCCUUCUUCAUUCACUCCAUCUACAGUUGGAUUGAUAUCCUGAGUAAAAGGCCCAGCUACCUGUGGGUUGUUUGGAUCUACCGGAACCUCAUCGGGAGCGUGCACUUCUUUUUCAUCCUCACACUCAUUGUGUUAAUCAUCACCUACCUUUACUGGCAGAUCACAGAGGGAAGGAAGGUUAUGAUCCGAUUGCUCCAUGAACAGAUUAUCAAUGAGGGCAAAGAUAAAAUGUUCCUGAUAGAAAAGUUGACCAAGCUACAGGAUAUGGAGAAGAGAGCAAACACCAGCUCGUUCACAGUGGAAGGGAGGGACGUAGAGCAAACAAGCCCUUUGCAUGUCAGGGAACAUGAUGCUGCUCAUGACCUGCGAUUUAGGCGAUCAGUUCAAGAAGAGCAUCCAAAGGCGUAAUGUUUAUUGCAACAGCCACACACCGAUCAAAUGAAAAUACAAAGAUGAAACAACUUCUUCCAUGACCCCUGGGCCUUUUGGAGCCUCCCAGGAGGGAAUUUAAGUCUUUAGCCAGGAGUGGAAACUGACCACAGUGUAAAUACUGAAGUAAAUUUGGCCAUUUCCUGCUGGUUUUUUCUACGUGGAUUGCUGAUUUUCCAAGAUAAAAUAUUUGGGAUUUGAAAACAAAGACUGUUGUAACAUUUAUUGUAACAUUUAAUUCCUAGGCCCUGAAUCAAUGGCCUGGGAAUUAUAUAUUUAGUCUUCAAGAGAUGUGCAUAUGAAUUAUUGGUUUUUAGAAAUCUCUCCUCCCAGACCUGGCAAAAGUUUGGAACUGAUGCUGAGACAAGUAGUCCAACCUGAAUAAAAAUGGGAUCCUCAAACAGAGAUGUGAAGUUUCUGAGUUGAGGAACCUGCAUUUGUUCAUGAUUUUGAAUAAAAACAUCCCAUGCUACCCAAAGGUGAGAUACAA